AUGAAGACCUUUACGCGGAAGUUGAUGUGGUAUACCGGCGGACGACACAUGGAAGAUAUCAACAUCUUGCACGAACCGAAAAUAGCUACAGAAACUCGUUUUUGCUUCUUUGGUCACAUGCUGGGGAGUCCAGCAGAUGUCCAGCGAGUUCCGAGUCUGUCGGAUUCAAGCUGGAAAAGACCACUGGGCCAAAAACUGAAGUCCUGGACUGAAGUGAUAAAAGAGGACUUGAGGACACUCGGCAUGGAUAGACAGUUCAGACGGUACGUAUGGUUUCGCAGGAUGUUGAAUAGCGACGAAUGGAUUGAUUCUGUGCAAGAACAUCAAGAAAGUUGGGCAGAGCUGUGUUCAAGGACGGCACACCUCGCCGAAGAUGCGGGCAAUCGCUUCAAGCAAUAA